AUGAAAGACCCAGGCCACUCUAACGGCAAAGCCCUAAACUGGGCGUAUAUCUGCCAACGAACACGGGUGAUCCUUACGGAAGGCCCCGCAAGUCCGGCGGAGUGGUGGAUCUACGAGCUCGCCAAAUAUGGACGCCGCGACCCAGAUGCCGUCUCCAUGAAAUUCGAGGCGUCCACACUGUGCGAAGCCUUCAAUGCCUCCCAUUCCAUCUUUCCUGCCUGCCCUUCUUUCCUGCGCGACAUUUACCACCUCCUCGCCAUGCUGCCCAUCAAAAGCGGGCAGGCGAUUGAGAGGAAGCUACUAAUUGAGCUGCUCUGGGAGGCGGCUAGGGAGUGUGGGAUGGACUGGUGGAGCAACAUGAGGGACCGUGCCGCAGUGGUGUUUGGGGUUAUGCACGCGUGUAUGAUCCAUAGGAGGAUUGAUGCGCAGCAGACAGAAGAUGAAUUGGGGAGCUUGUUGGAGAAGAUGGAUCUUGGGGAUGAUGAGGUUGAGGUGAUGAAUAGGCUUGCGGAGGAGUUGGAGGGGGAGCUGAAGAUCAAGCUGUGA